CUAUCCAUCCUGGGGGUUUGGCAAGGAAGCAUCAUCGGAAGAAGUUGGCACAGCAGCAUACUGUGCGGAGGCGCCGUUGCCGGCGGCCGCCUGUCUUGCCGCUUUGGGUGGAACCGGGAAACAAAAGGACCAAGUCGCCAUCCCGAUUACACACGCUGGUGAAAUAAUCCCCAUCCACAGAGUGCCCAGGGUUUGAUCACAGGCAGCUCCAUGCAGGCUGCCCGAUUCACUGUCGAAGCACCAGGGAUGACUGGUGAAGCUCCACCACCAGAAGUGCCCGAUGAUGGGAAUAGGAAUGGCCACCGUGUAGAUGGAGAAAGUGACGACAUUCCAGGGAGAGCUCGACAGACCAUGAUUCCACUUGCGGUGCACCGAGAGCCCGUAAGGGACAAUGGCUGCAAGCAUCAGCAGGGUCACGACGCCAAUAGAGGCGUGGAUUGCCCCACUUCCAGCGAUGAAAUCUCGCCACACAGCGGCCGCCUCUUCGUUACUGUGGUCGACAAGCCACGCGUAAGACGCCUUGCAAUUGCAGAACUUCGCGUUAUCGCUAUAGCGACUGACGCUGCACUGCUCAAAUUCCUCUCGACCAACGAGCGAUUGUGCGACGCUGUGCGGAUCACAUCGAGUGGCGUUUCUGCCAGGCACGAGCUCCAUAGAGAGACUGUAGGCCGAGAGGGUGUAGUGCUGCUUCACCUCCACAUAUGCGCCCUCGUGAGAUGCGAAGCCACCACCAGUCAAGCGGUCGGAAAAGAGGGGAAGGGUGAACAUGACUGCAAGGAUGAUGGCUGUGAGAUAAAACAGGCCGAGUGCCUCAUUCAAGACGUCCAGCGCUUCCGACCUGAGCCACUGGGACCUGAGAAGGAACAUCAAACGGACAAGGCGUGUGAUGAGUGACGCAUGAGGGGGAUUCUCCCCUUCUUACAUCGUGAGCCACUUGUGAGCCACGGGGAUCUUCGCAAGAAUUAUUGGUUGGAAGCCGAGCGUCGAUCUUCGCAAAACUGAUCCGAACCCUAGCGCCUCCGGUUCCCACAACGCUCUCUCACGCGCUCACGUCAGGCGAUGGAGUGUCCUGGCCAAAGGAGGUAGAUGUUUGCCCGGUGUGGGCGUCAU